AUGAUAUCAACAUACGGUACAAAGAAUGCCAAUUUAGUCGAAGCCAUUGUUCAUCAUAGAUGUGAACGUAAACCAGGUAUUCGGGAACUAACCGAGAAAAAGGUUAUAUUCGAUGAUGGUAGUGAAGAAGUAGUUGAUUUAAUUGUGUGUUGUACUGGAUUUCGAAAUGAAUUCCAGUUUUUAGACACAGUUGAUAAGGAAGCGGAUCCGACCCAUGCUAAGAUUGUCUGCAAAGUUGGCAAAGAGGCUCGCAUAUCCCAUGAUCUAUAUAAACACUGUAUACACCCAGAUACUGGGUCAGAAUUGUUUUUUGUCGGCUUUGUUCGUCCAGCAUUCGGUGCUAUACCACCCUUGUCCGAAAUGCAAGCAAGAUGGUGUGCAUUAUUGUGUUCAAACAAAGUCAAAUUACCCGAUAAAGAGACAAUCGUAAGACAAUGUAAACAAUACGUCGACUAUUUAGAAUCCCAGUUUACACCCUAUCGAACAGAUCGUAUUGUAACAUUGGUCGAUCAUGUUGCCUAUUCAGAUGAUAUAUCUCGUUCAAUUGGAUGUCGACCCAAUAUGAUCAAAUUGUUUUUUACUGAGCCCUACAUAUGGAUCAAAUGUAUGUGUGGACCAAUGAUGAAUGCUCAAUAUCGGUUAGUUGGUCCACAUAACAAACCUGAGCAAGCUCGGCAAGUCCUCAGAGAAGCAAAAUGGAUUAAACACAUUAAUCUAUUGUUUUUAUUCAUGUUGAAUUUCUAUGCUUUAUUUUGGUUUUGUGGAUUGGAAUCAUGCAAACCACCAACGUGGUAUGCAAUAUCUCAAUAACUAAAAAAACCCUCACUUUUAGCGAAUCUCUUUUAGGUUUUUAUCGGUUUUUGUUGUUUUUGUAUAUUCAUUUUCUUACAAACAGUGAAGUAAAACAUGAUCUUUACGAAGUGGUGUGAAACGAGAAAUUGGACAGAAUAUGGAGCAUUCCCACUUUGCCAAGUGAUUCUUGUAGAUAUUAAAGUUGUUAUACGGAAGAAACAUUCACUCGAUACCAAGUGAAUGGUCGUCAUAUACUCAGUCGCUAAAAAGAGGCAUUUUUUAUUAGAACUUCUAAUCGUUACUCGUUUUCUCCGAAAGUUCGAGAUAUAUGCCUGUCAUUGGAAGUAGGCGUGCACCAAUUCGAUAGUUCAGCCACCGAAUGUGUUGGGACGAAGGUUGCAAAUAUGAUGGUUUGUCUUUUUCUCGUCGGAGAUAUCGACGAGCGCUAUUUUGGCUUUGUGGAUUGGCAUCAUGCAAACCACCAACGUGGUAUGCAAUAUCUCAAUAACACGGGUGGCGGUCUAUAAACUCGUUAUGAGAUGAAAAGUACUAACGUCUUCUUUUAGACUGGGAAGCUGUUUUGAACUCGGAUGAGGUUAAAAACACGUUACGAGUUCAACUGUGUUAUGUUCUAAUAUAGCAUGCGGAAGACAUAUUCAUCAAGACGGGAGUGCGGGGGG